CUACAGUCAAAUCAUCCCACUGGUUCCUCAACGAGGCUCCUCCCAGAAGUGUACGGAGAACAAGCCUGGACCUAUCUUAAGUUUUCGAGGUCUUCUCUUUCCAAAGCCAUCGACUGUUUCCGUAAAGCACUUGAGGUACAGACUCACGACAGUGAGUGGAAUGCCGGCUACGCCAUCGCCCUCUUUCGCACAGAACAGAGGACUUUGGAAAACUUAAAGAAAGGUGAAGAGUCCCCGGCCAUCACGCAGCUUCGCUUGGCCCUGGAGAUCAACCCUGAUGAUGCAGUUCUGCAGUCCAUGCUGGCUGUGAAGCUGGGCGCCUAUAAGGAAUACCAAGAAGCUGAGGAACUGUUGAAUAAAGCACUGAAAACUGAUCCUGACAAUCCUCAUGUCAACCGCUAUAUAGGAAAAUUUUUUCGUAAUCAGCUUCACGUCGGCGAGAAGCGCAGGGAAGCCUCUGCGAUGCGCUCAACGGGGGACACGUCGGAGUUGAAAUAA